AUGUUCCUCGCAUUCGUCUUGGGACUCUACCUGGCAACAGGUGCGCUACCCUCCUCGGUGAGCGCGUGCCCGUCACAGUGUAGCUGUUUUUUUCACAACCUAAGUGAUGGAUCUAUGGCCAGGAGUGUAAUUUGCAAUGACCCCGAGAUCUCCAUUGUGCCUGCCAGUUUCCCCGUGGACACGUCCAAGCUGCGAAUCGAGAAAACAGCCAUCCAUCGUAUCCCGAGCGAAGCCUUCAGUUACCUCCCCAAUCUGGAGUUCCUCUGGAUGUCCUUCAAUGUGCUGUCCUCUCUCAAGCCGGACAGUUUCCGUGGGAUGCUAAAUCUGGAGGAGCUGCGACUGGAUGGGAAUGCCCUCACCGCGUUCCCUUGGGAGUCUCUUAUGGAUAUGUCCAGCCUCACGCUGCUCGACUUGCACAACAACCAGUUGACCUCAGUUCCCGCAGACGCCACAAUUUAUUUAAAAAACCUGACCUACCUGGAUCUGUCCAGCAACAACCUUCUGACUGUUCCGGCUGAGGUGCUCGCCACCUGGCUAACAGUUAAACCUGUGCAGGGCCCAGAGAACUCCAAAAUGAUACUUGGUCUCCAUGACAACCCCUGGCUGUGUGACUGCCGCCUGUAUGACCUGGUCCAGUUCCAGAAGUUGCCAACGUUCUCUGUGGCAUUAAUCGACACACGCCUCCGCUGUGCAGCUCCCGAGAGCCUGUCAGGUGUUCUGUUCAGCGAUGCCGAGCUGCGGAGGUGCCAGGCGCCACGCGUCCACACAGCGGUGGCACACGUCCGCAGUGCCGUGGGAAACAACGUGCUGCUGCGCUGCGGGACCAUUGGCGUUCCCAGCCCGGAUCUGGCCUGGCGCAGGGCGGAAGGGAAAGCCCUGAACGGGACAGUCCAGCAGGAGAACUCCAAGGAAGGCAUUAUCUGGUCCAUCCUCAGUGUCCCAGCCGUGUCCUACCGUGACUCAGGGAAGUAUGUCUGCAAGGCCACUAACUACGCCGGAAAUGCAGAGACCAUCAUCUCCCUGGUUGUCUCUGACGCUCCCCCAAAACCCGACAAUAACAACAACCAAACCAGCGUGGUUGCUGCUACUGUAAAAAAAAACAAAGUCAACAAACCCAACGGGAUGGGGAAGGCAGCAUACCAGGAGAAACUGGUGGAUAGGUUAGUGGUUCCCACCCCCAACCCUCAACCCCCACCUGCUGUUGUGGACUCCAGCCCUGAGCCUGAAGGUGUGGUAGUGGGAAGUGUGGCAGAUAAAGCCACCCCUGGACCAGCCAAGUUGCCCAGUCCAGACGGACUCCUGGAGCUGGAGAAGACCAACCUGAGCAACCUGGCCCAGGCCCAGUAUGACCCGGACCGGAUAGUUCGCUCGGUCAAGGUGUUGGGCGAUACGGAGAACACCAUCACCCUGAACUGGCGGGCGCCCAAGGCCAAGAACACCACAGCCUUCAGUGUGCUCUAUGCCGUCUUCGGCGAAAGAGACAUGCGCAAGAUCAAUGUGGCAGCGGGUCAGAAUCGAGUCUUCAUCGAGGGCCUGGUGCCCAAGACUAAGUACAUUGCCUGCGUGUGUGUCCGGGGCCUGAUCCCCAAGAAGGAGCAGUGUGUCAUCUUCUCCACCGACGAGGCGGCCAGUGCCGCUGGGACCCAGAAGCUCAUCAACGUCAUCGUGAUUACCGUGGCUUGUGUCAUUGCUGUGCCACUCACCGUAAUCGUCUGCUGUGGUGCGCUCAAGAGGCGCAUCCAGAAGAUUUGGGGCAAGAAGUCCAAGGACAUCCAGGACUCAUAUGUGACUUUUGAGACGCUGUCCCCCGGAACCAAGGCUAAAGGGUUGGAGGGUGAGUACCUGACCAGACUCAACCCUGAGGAGUCCAACCGGCUGCUGUCGGCCCGAUCCAGUCUGGACUCUGAGGCCACGGCAAAGAUAGAGGGUCAGCCUAACGAGUACUUCUGCUGA